AUGGGAGCGGGCGCUGUUGGGGUGUGCGGAGGCGGGAGCCGCUCCGGGCCGUGAGGGGAGCGCGGCCCGGGGAGGUCUCGGUGCCCGCAGGGACCGGCUCCGAUCCCGCUGAGCCGCCGGUGCCCGGCAUGGGGCUGCUGACCCAGCUAGUCCGCGGGCUGGUGCGCGGCGCCGACCGCCUGUCGCCCUUCACCAGCAAGCGCGGCCCCCGGAGCCACAACAAGGGCCGCGGUGCCAAGAAGGUGGGCGUGCUUACCCGCAACAAGAAGUUCCUCCUCGUCAAGGAGAUGGUGCCCGAGUUCGUCGUGCCCGACCUGACGGGCUUCAAGCUGCGGCCCUACGUGUCGUACCGCGCCCCCGAGGGCUCCGAGCCGCCCGUGACGGCCAAGCAGCUCUUCGACCAGCUGGUGGCUCCGCGCAUCGAGAAGGAUGUGAAGGACGGCACAUUCGACCCCGACAACCUGCAGAAGUACGGCUUCGAGCCCACGCAGGAGGGCAAGCUCUUCCAGCUCUUCCCCAAGAACUACGUGCGGUAGGCAGCGGGCAGUGAUACCGCGCCAGGACGGGACAGGCUCCGGCACUGAACGUUACAGCCAAUCCUUCUGCCUUGUUCUUCUCUAAUACCUGAUUUAAAUCCGGGUGACAUCUGAGGUUGGAUUUCCCAUCCGUGCCUGGUAAUUCCUCUGGGAGACAGUUGUGCCUGCUGAGCAGAACCUCUCUGAGGUUCUGAGGAUGAGGGGUCUGUGACGUUUCUAAAUACAAAGUACUGCAAAGUUUAAGAAUUAAAGUUUAAAAAUUAAA